GAUCGCCGAAGCGGGGUCUUUGGGAAUCAACACCACCAAGCAGUGAUGGGUGGCGAGAUGUUUUUUUCUUUGCCUGACAAAAUUAGAGAAAACAGGGGAAGAAAAGACUUCCCCCACAGCUAUCCAUCUGGGACUGCAAACUAAACAAGACAAAGAAGAGCCAGUGACCUCACUCGCACUGCACACCUGAACUUUUUAGCUUGCGUGCAUAUUUUCUAUCUCUCUCUUUCUCUCUCAAUGGAAAUAACAAGCGCAUUGGAUAAUAAUAAUCAAGGAUAGUAAUAAUCAUCAAACUCUUCUCCUUUGUUAUCAUGGACUGAAAGUGUGCUGUAGAAAUUGCCCCAGGGGGAAUGUGAGUGUGUGACUGCAGAGAAGUGACGCCCUGCCUGCAUCCAGAUGUUUCAUGUUUCCCCGCGCGCUCUUUGGAAAAUAUCUGCUCGCGGAGGAAACAGGGGAAUCCUAAACACACAGCCAUGUCAUCAGAAUAAGGUUAAGAAAACGAUGAAUAACAUGCCUUUUGCAUAAAUUGUUUGGAUCUUAGACCAGGCUUUCCAUUGUUUCCGUCUGGAGAAUGGAGAGCAGCAAACUGAGGAGGCUCGUGCUGCUGGAGAUACAUUUACUGUGUGUCUUUGCGCUGUCUGUGCAGGGGAACUCCAGUCCAAAACACGAGAAUGUGAUUGACCUACUGGCAGCCCUAAACAUGUCCCACCACAUGAGCGGUGUGACCAGGCUGCAGAGUCCCGGCAGCGUGAUUUACAAAUUACGUCCCAGAGCUCCGUACCUGACUCUUCCAGCUGAAUAUUCCAACUUGUUGUACUCCAACCUUCGGGGUAGCAUGGGGGUGCAUCUGGUGGGGCAUCAGGCGCCAGGCUCAACUGCCACUCUUCUUUCUCUCUCCUCUGGAUCCUCGCCUGUUUUUCAAGUCAUCUCCUCCACCCUCAAUCACACACUACAUUUGGACUACCGGGCUGGAGGAGGAGCUCGGGGCCUUGUCAGCGUUCAGUUCCCCGGGAGAAAUCCCUUCUCCAGGGAGGAGUGGGUGGAGUUGGCUGUGAGCCUGGACACCGAUAGACUGGUAUUUUUUGUUGACUGCCAAGAAGCUGUGCUUCUACCAAUAAAAAGUGAAGAGAGAAUCAACCUGGAACUGCCUCAAGAUGUUGUUGUCACUCUGGCCAGCACACCAGGAAAGAGAGACAGCAAGUUUAGUGGAUAUAUGAAGGCGGCAGAGAUUUCAAUGAAAUCGUAUCCAAGGCGACCAUGGCUCUGUGACAAUGUUACAGAUGACCUUCCUCCCUCUCAGUCCGCAGACGCCAGUAGCUCAGAUUCUCCGACCGACAGCGGUCCAAUAUUCCAGCAGGCCGCAUCCCCCAAUAAACCUAAAAGAAGCCGCAGGCCAAUAGACCAAACCAGACAUUAUCAGCAGGACGUCCAGAGUGACCAGCUGCAGAGAGGUGUGGUGUUCGGGCCCCCGGGAUCUCCUCAAGGGGUGAAGUCGGUUUCUCAGGCACAGAAAGAUGACAGGCUGAAGAGGCUGGAGAAAAGCAUGGAGGAACUGGCUCGUAUGCUGGACAUGGUCAAAACUGAAAAUGCAAACCUAGAGUCACGCGUACAGUACCUGGAGGGAUGUGAGUGUGUGAGGCAGCGAUGUGUGUGGGAGGGGCGAGAGGUAGAUGAUGGCCAGCAUUGGCAGAUUGACAUUAACACUGUGUGUACGUGCACAUCUGGAAAGGUCACAUGCCGAGCCAACAUCAAAGACUGUGAGCCGGAUGGUACAGUUCAUAAUGUUUCCUACAGUAAAGAUGGCUGUCAGACUUGUACGUGUAAGGGAGGUGAUAAGGAAUGCUUUCCUGAACACUGCCCUUCACUGGAUUGCACACACAAAGAGACGGUACCAGGACACUGCUGCCAGCGGUGCAGAGGCUGCAUCCAUUCUGGUGUCCAGUAUGAUCAUGGAGCCACGUGGAGGCCGGUAGCCGAUCCCUGUGAUGUCUGCCUCUGUCUGGAGGGUCACGUUCGCUGUGAGACUGAGCGGUGUAACACCCCAUGUAAAAACCCAGCUGCUCCCCCGCCCAAUACCUGCUGUCCAGAUUGUCAAGGCUGCGGUGUGAACAGUCAUGACUUUCCUAACGGAGCUGUGAUCCCUACUGCAGACCGUUGCCAAGAGUGCACAUGUGUGGAUGGAAAUUUGGCUUGUUCCCCACGUCCCUGUCCUGCUUUGUCUUGUCAAAACCCUGUACAACGCUCUGGAGACUGUUGCCCACGGUGUGAGCAGUGUGAGUAUGAGUCCUUGGUCUAUGUGGAUGGACAGAAGUUCCCCUCCAGGAGAGACCCCUGCCUCCAAUGCCGCUGCUCUGCAGGUGAAGUCUCUUGUGAGCGCAUGGAUUCAUCAUGUCCCACGCUACACUGCAGCCAUCCAGCUAAGCACAAAGGAGAGUGUUGUCCCACAUGUGAUGAAUGUGAGUAUGACAGGAGGGAGUAUGCUGAUGGAAAAGUGUUCAUCCCUGCUGGAAGUGGACCCUGCCUGCAGUGCAGGUGUAAGGGUGGGAAUGUCAUUUGCCGAGAAGAAAAGUGCCCUCCUGUCCAGUGCUCCAACCCCAUUAUAGACCCACAUCUCUGCUGUCCAAUAUGCAAAGCGUGUGUGUUGGAGGGAGUGGAAUAUGAGGAAGGCUCUAAAUGGCAACCUGAGGGUCCAUGUUCCAGCUGCAGCUGUGUGAAUGGAGAGAGGAGGUGUACGCACACACAAUGCCCCUCCACCGAGUGCCUGCAUCCCAGCAAGAUCCCAGGCUCCUGCUGUCCAGUAUGUGAAAGCUGCACCUACAAUCAUCGUAUCUAUAGCAACGGACAGAGGUUUACCACCCCUGACCACCCCUGCCACAUCUGCACAUGUCAGCAUGGCAGUGUAGAGUGUGAGAGAAGACCUUGUCCCCCACUCAACUGUUCCAACUCAUACACACCACAUGGAGAGUGUUGCCCUAAAUGUCCAGAUUGCUCCUUUGAAAACCGCAUAUUUGUAGAUGGAGAGGCUUUUCCUAACCCUGUGAGUGUGUGUGAGGAGUGUAAAUGUGUGAGCGGCCAGAUUGACUGCCACCAGGCACAAUGCCCUCAUCCUCACUGUAACGCGCCUCUGUCUGGAACAUGCUGUCAGAAUAACUGCAAUGGCUGCAGCUACGCUGGAAAAGAGUAUCCCAAUGGACAGGAGUUUCCCCAUCCUACUGACUCAUGCAGGACGUGCAGCUGCAUAAAUGGGAAUGUCCAGUGUCUGAUGAAGAGGUGUCCUCUGCUGUCGUGCUCAAACCCAAAUGUGCUCCCAGGAGACUGCUGCCCCCAGUGUCCUGCUCCUCCAUUGGACUGUUUGUAUGAACAACAAUCAUACAGACACACUGAGCGUUUCUACCACCCGACUGACAGCUGUCAAUCAUGUGCCUGCACCAAUGGGGCGGUUCACUGUCAGCGCAAGACCUGCGUCUUUGCUCCAUGUUCUCACCCCAUCACACAGCAGUGCUGCCGGACCUGUGAAGGCUGCCUAUUUGAGAGUCGAGAGCGAGCUAAUGGGGAGUCGUGGGAUGAUGCAUCAGACCCAUGUAAAAUAUGUGUCUGCCGUGAGGGCUCUGUCCGCUGUGAGAGGAAGCGAUGUCCCCCGUCCAACUGUAACCACUCCGUCCAGAGACAGUGCUGCAUGUCCUGUGAGGGCUGCAUGUUUCGUGGAAAAGAGUACCAUGAUGGCACUGAGUUUGCUGAUGACAAAGACCCCUGUGGUGUGUGUUACUGUUACGGAGGCGACGUCGUCUGCACUAAGACCCCCUGUUAUGGAGAGUGCAGCCACCCUUACAAACCACCCGGACAAUGCUGUGGAGAAUGUGAACGCUGUUCCUAUAAUGGUGCAGUCCUUGCAACUGGUCAGUCAAUCCCUGACCCAGGAAACCUCUGCUCUGAAUGUACCUGCCAGAGCGGUUCAGUGCGAUGCAUGAAGAAGUCGUGUCCAGCAGCCCCCUGUCGUCACCCCGUCACUAACCCAUGUGGCUGCCCUGUCUGUGAUGGUUGUCAGUUCCAGGGUUUGACUUAUGUUGACGGGCAGAUCCUUCCAGGAGGAGAGGGAGGAUGCCAGGACUGCACAUGCUCAAGAGGUGAAGUUGGGUGUACUCAGAGAAGAUGCCCUGCCAUCUCAUGCUCACACCCAGCUCUGGAUGGCUGUGCAUGUGGAGUGUGUGGUGGAUGUAACUUUAAUGGUCGAGGCUGUUUCAAUGGAGAAAGAUUCCCACAUCCUUCAGAUCACUGCCAGCUCUGCUCCUGUCUGAACGGCGGUGUGGUGUGCUCACAUGUGUCUUGUCCGAGUGUUUCCUGUGUGCGCCCAGUGACCCGGUCUGGGGAGUGCUGCCCUGCCUGCACAGGGCUUUGUCUUCAUCGGGGGAAAGAGUAUCAGUCUGGCUCCUCUUUCACCUCGCCCUCUGAUCCCUGCUCAUCAUGCUCCUGUCUGAAUGAGGUGGUGAACUGUCAGAAGAGACCUUGUCCGCUCCGGUGCUCCCACCCGGUCCCUUCAGAGACCUGCUGCCCAGUCUGUGACUCCUGUCUGUAUGAGGGGGGGGUCCACUCUCACAGCCACACCUUCACGGCUCCCUCCAACCCCUGCCAGCGCUGCACUUGCGUCCGAGGCACCGUCACCUGUGUGGCCCUGGUCUGCCCGCCUACACCCUGCGUCCGACCAGUUACCAAGCCAGGACAGUGCUGUCCUGAGUGCACAGUUUGUAUUCUUGAUGGGCAGGAGUUCACUGACGGGCAAACAUGGACCCUGAGGUCAAACCACUGCUCCACCUGCUCCUGCCAGGCAGGUGAGGUGAAGUGUGCGUCUCUUGAGUGUCCAAAGCUGCCUUGUAUGCAUCUGAUUACUGAUCCAGGAUCCUGCUGUCCUCGCUGUAGAGGUUGUAUGUAUGGAGGAGAGGAGCAUACGGAGGGCAGCAGCUGGUUUGCAGACUCCACUCCCUGCAUGACGUGCAUGUGUGUGGACGGGGUGACCACCUGCUCUGAAGUCCGCUGUCUUUCUCCCUGCAUCAACUUCAUCAGCGUACCCGGGGAGUGCUGCCCUGUGUGUGCUGACUGUGUAUUUGAGGGCAGAGUGUACGGCCCAGGUGACAGUUUCCAUCCAGCCGAUGACCCCUGCCAGAUCUGCACAUGUGAGGUGAUGCCGGAUGGAGAACAGCACCUGAAGUGUUACCGAAAGCAGUGUCCCAGUCUGGUCGACUGUGCCAAGAGCAACAUCUUGUUCUCUGGACCUGACUCCUGCUGUCCUGUCUGUGCACAGCCUCUCAGUAACUGCACUUCAGCACUGAUUGGCAACGAGGUCUCUGCGACGGAUGAUCCUUGUUUUACGUGCCAGUGCCAGGAUUUGACAUGGACCUGCUUACACCAAAACUGCCCCCCCGUCACCUGCCCUUUAAAUGAACAGUUUAAUUCACCGGACUCAUGCUGCCCUGUGUGUAGAGAUUGUGUGAUUGAGGGUCAGAACAGAAGCGUGGACAACGGCAGCAGCUGGACAGACAGCGAUGACGACUGCGUCACAUGUACCUGUACCUUGGGCUAUAUUGAGUGCAGCAUUGAAGAGUGUUUACCUGAAUUUUGCCUGAAUAACCAGAAGAAAGUGAAGAUUCCCGGCAAAUGCUGCUAUGAAUGCCAAGACUCAGGGGCGUCGUGUUUGUACCAGGGAACAGUGUAUCAAGCUAGCGAACAGUGGGAGGUGGAUGAGUGCACCGGCUGUACGUGUAUGUCUGGAGAAGUACACUGUCACAGUGAACGCUGCCCUCCCCUCACCUGUGCAACAGAUGAGAUGCCAGCCAUUGUCCCAGGUUUGUGCUGUCCUCACUGCCUUCCUCGUCCUGCCACCUGCAUUGCCUUCGGAGACCCUCAUUAUCGCACCUUUGAUGGCCGCAUGCUGCACUUCCAGGGAGCUUGCACAUACAUCCUGGCCCAGGACUGUGAAGGAGGAGACUUCAGUAUUCAUGCCACUAACGAUGAUCGUGGGCGUAAAGGAGUGUCCUGGACCAAAGAGGUGACUGUGUUUAUCGGAGACGUCACAGUGCAGCUACUCCAGGACUGGCUUGUGAAGGUGAAUGGUGAGGUCGUGCCUUUGCCCUUCCUUAGAGAACCAUACAUCUAUGUAGAACGACAAAGCAACAUCAUCUUACUCAACACUAACAUCGGCCUGAAGGUUCUGUGGAGUGGCCGCUCACAUCUGGAAGUGAGUGUGCCUGGAUCCUAUAAGGGCCACACGUGUGGCCUGUGUGGAAACUUCAACAACUACUACCAGGAUGACCUCCGUAUGCCUAGUGGACGAAUCAGCCUAUCAGAGUCCGACUUUGGCAACAGCUGGAGGGUCAAAAAUAGUAGCCACUCCCUCUCUUCCUGUCGCCCCGGUGAGGAUGUGGACCCCUGUAAAGAAGCAGGCUACCAGGCCAAGAAGGGGGCUAACGCUCGCUGCAAGGUGCUGAAGUCUGCAGUCUUUAAGCCGUGCCAUCGUGUGGUGCCUCCUGAGCCGUGGUACGGAGCCUGUGUGUACGACCUCUGUGCCUGCGGGGCCAACACUGAGGAGUGUCUGUGUGACACACUGGAGGCCUACGCCAGUCAGUGCAGAGAGGCCGGAGUCACCCUGCAAUGGAGGGGCCCAUCUCUGUGUGCUGUGGGCUGUCCAGUGGAGAGGGGCUUUGUGUUUGACGAGUGCGGACCCCCCUGUCCUGUAACCUGCUUUAACGCUGACGUGCCUCUCGGGGUGAUAGAGAGCCACUGCUUCAAGCCCUGUGUGCCGGGCUGCCAGUGUCCUGCUGGUCUGGUUCUACACAACAACCACUGCAUACAGCCAGAAAAGUGCCCCAAGAUCAUUCAUGAUAAAGCCCUAUAAUUCUUUGAACUCCUCACUAUCAAAUGGACACAUACACACACAUGCACUGCCACCUCUAACAAUCUUCAAUCCAAAGAAAGGACAUCAGAAGCCUCUGUUACUGUAUACUGAAUUUUUAAAUGGAAAAACAGAUGAACCUCCAUGACCUGUGGAUUUAAAAUAGGUAAACCACUGCAUUUUUGUGUUUUUUAAUCCACUUUGUUAUCUUGUUACAUGUAGCACUGAAUAUUUAUACUACACAAGGGUUUUUAUGUUUUAAUUUCACAUUAUUAAUAAUAUGAAUCUGUUCUGUUUUAUACAUGAUUUUGUCCAAAACCUUUCGAUUAUUUCAACAGUAUUAUUUACUACCAAAAGUUGUUUACUGUACGUGUUUAUUUCAGCACGGUGCGUUGUCUGACUGUUCAUGCAGUGAUCCUCAUACUCUCAGGUACUCUUUUUGUCACUUUUCUUUGUACGAAUAAACGAAAACUUCACAAUA